AACAGUGUGGCAGGAGGGCUGAUAACUCAUAGACGAUGACAGUCGGAGUCCAGGUGGAUCUUUACCGAUUUGUGUCAAUGUGGAACAUUUCGACCGCACUGUCCUCCAUACACACCAUAAUUUGUUUCAUGCAGUCAUAGUUGCACACUGUAAGGAUUUUAACAAAGUUACAUUUCCAAUAUGGUAGGAGAGGUUGUUGUUGUUGAGCGGAUUGUUGUCAUGUCCCCGCAGUGCCUGUAGUGGUGCUGUGAGGAGUCUGCUGUGGAUCCAACAAAUGUCCUCAGCAGCCUACCUACGGCUUGUAAUUUGCGCUGGUUUGCCUAUAUUUACAUGGCUCCUUUUUUCAAGAAAAUCCGAGCUCGAUGAAGACCUCCGUUACUACCCUACCUGGAAUAUCGAUGCCCGAGUAGCCUAGCUGAUUCUAAUAGACAUUUCGGCCGUCUGUCUGGAGCGAAUACCGUACACAGCCCGAACCCAUUCAAGCUGAUGUUUUCAAGGACAAGAGUCACGUGAUGUAUGAAGGCAAACACAUACACUUCUCAGAGGUGGACAAUAAGCCGCUGUGCUCGUACAGUCCAAAGCUGUGCAAGCAGCGCAGGCUAAAUGGGUACGCGUUCUGCAUCCGGCAUGUUCUGGAGGACAAGACGGCUCCUUUCAAGCAGUGUGAAUAUGUGGCAAAGUACAACAGCCAGCGUUGCACCAACCCCAUCCCCAAGUCUGAGGAUCGCAGAUACUGUAACAGCCACCUGCAGGUUCUCGGCUUUAUCCCGAAGAAGGAACGCAAGAAGAAACAUGAUGGUUUAGAGGAAACGCGUCCUCGGGCUCACCUGGAGUCAGUGGCUCUCAACAUAACUGUGCCCUCUUUAGCUCUGAGAGCCACCAAUGGUAUAGAUGAACUUCCACCAUCUCCCCCUUGCUCACGCCUGUUACCCCUUGCUGAUGGUGAACUCCUGGACCCUUUUGCCUUUUAUGAGGAUGAAACGGACGGAGAGGAGGUGGGCACCCCUCGAAAGGGGAGCAGCAUCAAGAAGAAGCCACAGAGUCGGCUGGUGGUCAACCAGAAACUCUCCCAGGACACAGAACUCUUCCAGCCAACUCCUGAGCACUUUACGGCCUCACCGGUUCCACGCAUCCACCCCUCUUCGCCGCUCAACGCUCAUCUACCACGACAGACGCCGGGUCUCUUGCAGUCGCCUCAGCAGACCGGCUUGACAUCCUUCCCCUUCCCAGGACAGCAGCAGGGUUUAUUAUGCAAUCCGCCACCACCUCAGUCAGUCAACUUUCUGCCUCCAGGGAUGCCUGCAAACGCAUUGCCCAGUUCAGGGCAACAUUCUGGACCAUCGCUCAGCAGGAAAAUGCCUUUCGCUGCAACUCAACCGCCUGUCUGCUGCAAGGAUGGUGGCAGUAACAAUCAGAGGCACGUGGUCAUCAUGCAACCCACGGCCUUCUCACCGUCUGCCGACUGCCUUGCCAGGUUGCACCACCUGGUUCAGCUCUGUGCCAAGAGACAGCGGGAGCACGGAGAGCUCUUCUCUCAUCUAGGUUUGGACUGGUCAGAAGACAGUGCCGAAGACGACGACGAAGAAGAGGAUGCUGAGAGAGUUACUCCUUUUCAGAAUUCGUGGAAACCAGAGAACAGGCCGGAAGGUGACGGCGGGUCUUCGCGGAGAGCCCGCCUGCUUCGGCUUUGCUCCUACCUUCGGGAGAAAUACAAGCACAUGUGCAGACAGGAGAGGGCGAGCAUCCGCCAGAAGAGGUACCGUUACGCCUUCCGGAAAGCCUUGCUGCAGGCUGCCAGCAACAACCCUGACUCCGCGGGGCAGCUGAUCCAGGAGCUGGGUGGAAACUCUCACAGCUCUUCAUGUGUGCCUCCAGCAAGGCCGCAGAGCACAGAAGCAGCGACCUGCACUGGAUCCACCAAGGGCCAGACCUGCAACAACAGAGCUCUGCCCUUCACCCAACACUGUUUUCAGCACAUAUUGUUGAAUCGUUCCCAGCAGCUCUUUGCUAGUUGCACAGCCAAAUUUGCAGACGGUCAACAGUGCUCCAUCCCUGUGUUUGAUAUUACGCACCAGACUCCCCUCUGCGAAGAGCAUGCCAAAAAGAUGGAUAAUUUUCUGCGCGGGGACGGAAACCGGAGAGUGCAGCACCAGCAGCAGCGAAAGCCACGUAAAAAGACCAAACCGCCAGCGCUCACCAAAAAACAUAAGAAGAAAAGGAGGAGAGGGCCGCGGAGGCCCCAGAAACCCAUCCCGCCAGCGUUGCCGCAGGGGAACCUGGGAAUGCCCUCGAUGAGCCUCAUGAUGCCCUCGCAGGCCGGCAUCAGGAGCCCUUCGACUCCAGACCUGAGCACAGACGAGCUUCCUGAUGACAUCACCAAUGACAUAGCAGACAUUCCUAAUGAUCUUGAGUUAAACCAGGAGGAUUUCUCUGAUGUGUUACCACGGCUACCUGACGACCUGCAAGAUUUCGACUUGUUUGAAGUUAAGAACGGAGAGCUGCUGCCCACCACAGAGGAGGCUGAGGAACUGGUCCGCGCCCUGCAGGCGAUGGGCUCCUACCCGGACUCGUUGGUGUGCCUGACCUCCAUGGGAGACCUGUCUUCAGCCGAGGGAGUGGACCACCGAGCCAUGACCGUGUUUCCCGGACCGGUCCAGCCGGGCAGCAUGGGGGACCUGCUCAGCGCUCGCAUCCCUGCUGAGAACUUCACCAGCCUGGAGUUGGAGGAUAAUCUGCUGCAGUCCACCGGGGACCACUUCUCCCCAUCGCCGCCAUCCCAGCCAACGAGCCAGCCGCCUCCGUCAUGCUCCAACCUGACCUCACCUACUUCUGCGGUGGCGACCACCAGCAUCUCCCUGCUCACACAGACCUCUAUAACAGAGCGGACAUUUUCUCGAACGCACACUUCCCAUGUCCUGGCAAAGUCGGAGGUCUCUGCGUUGUCUCCCCAAGGCAGCCACUACAGUAGUGAGCAUGUGCCAUCCCCGUACAGUGACCACAUAUCUUCUCCCCACGCCACCUCCUUCCAGACAGACACCCCCCUUCUGCUCGAGGUCCCUCUCAGCGGGGUUCCGGGGACCCCUCGCUCAACGUUUAACAACCUCCCCCUCACAGACCCCACGCAGUUCGGCAAUCUCAUGCGGUCAGAGAGUCAUCUCAUCACCACCUCCCUGUCCACCCCGCCCGCCACCACCCACUCUGUAACACUGCAGCCAAUGCCGGCUCUGUCGGCGAUGCCUCAGGGCGCCGUGACGGGUUUAACAGCUCCCCCCGUCCUCUCGUCAUCAUCCUCCUCUUCUUCCUCACACGAUCACCUGUUGACCCCCACACAGCCCAAGCAACAGCUCCCUCAGUUCAGCGCGGCCUUCGGCCAUCAACUGGCCUCCCACAGCGGAAUCCCGAAAGACGUGCAGCCCAGUCACAGCUCCACGGCGCCCCCUGCCGGCUUCUCAUUAGUUAGUGCCACCACUGCAAGUGCCAACAGCGCCACGCCACCCUUCACGCAAAGUAAAUGAUUUGCAGCGGCUGCGUGGACUCACAGCCGACUGGCUUUCUGAUUAACCCGUUUCAUCUGCUUUAUGUGUGCAAUGUGGUUCUAGUGCACUAUUUGGUAAUGAAUUUGCACAACCUCAGAUUCUCCUUCACCCCCCCCGUAGCCGGAGGGUUUUCAGAUUUCAAGUAGCUGUGAGUCCACUCCAUGGUCCGCGAUCUUGUGAGUAGUGGGGAGGCUGUUGUUAGAUUAUGUGAUGAAUUAAAGGACAUUAGCAAAGAUUAUUUAUACCAGUGCUCAGAAAUCCCGGAUGCCGCUCUGCUUGCUUCGCCCGUUUUUCUUAAAAAUGAUCAAAAACACCCUGCCUUUCUCAGAUGGCCAUUUGCAUCCCCCUCCUCCCUCUGUUUUAUACACUCUGGUUUAAAGAAAAGAAUACACAUUGUGGCGUUUUUGUAACCCAUUAUGUUUCGAGCUAUUUAACUGUCUUCAUGAUAUUGAUUCAGUCACCAAAAUACUUUUAAACAGCUGUUUUUAUAUGGUGUAUAUUAUAUGUGCUCAUUUAUCGGUUUUGCUCGGACGUGAAAAAGUCUUUGACCUCACCAUUGGUUGUGGCACUGUGAGUGGCUUAGUAGACACUUGAAGGUAAUAGUUUCUUAAAGCAAUAAAAACCCAUUACUAUCA